CCCCGCUAUCACACUCCACUUUACUCCUCUCUCAGGCCGGUCAGCGUGCCAGUGUGCCCAACUUGUUUCUCUCGCUUGUUUCUCGUCUCUUUCUUCAACAUGUGAGGCGGGAUCCACGCUCGCCGUUUGCCUGCAGCGUUACGUUGGUGAUGGUGAACAAGUACUUCCACAACACCGCAAGGAGGAUUGGAUGCAGUUGUAACAAUGGUGACAUUAAGGUGGGGGGCAUGGGCCCUCUCUCCUUUCAGUGUUGUGCUGCUCAUGUGUGGCCUUGUGUGUCUGUCCCAGCCGCCCUCUAUGAAACUUGAAGACUGUGAGCGAAAGGAGCAUCCAGUCGUGUCCAACCAAGGCCUGAAGGCAUGGGUGUCGGAGUUCUCACACCCAGGAGUAAAGGACUUCUCUCAGUUGACCGUGGACAUGAGCAGAAAGCAGCUUAUUGUGGCAGCGAGAAACUUUCUGUUCCGACUUAGUUUGAGCAAUGUCUCCUUAAUACAGGCAACAGAAUGGACACCCGAUGAAGACACAAUGCGCUCCUGCAAAAGCAAGGGGAAGUCGCAGGAGGAGUGUCAAAACUAUAUACGGGUGUUGUUGCUCAGCGGGAGCACGCUUGUCACGUGUGGGACCAAUGCUUUCACUCCUGUUUGUAUGACCAGGCAGAUUGAUAACAUCAGUCAGGCAUUGGACACAGUGAACGGGGUUGCACGAUGCCCCUACGACCCCCGCCACAACUCCACCGCCAUGAUUUCGGAGACUGGCGAGCUGUACGCUGCCACUGUGAUUGACUUCUCUGGACGCGACCCUGUCAUCUACAGGAGCCUGGGCAACAUGCACCCACUGCGCACGGCCCAGUACAACUCCAAGUGGCUCAAUGAGCCUCAAUUUGUGUCUGCUUAUGACAUUGGCCGAUUCGCGUACUUCUUCUUGAGGGAAACUGCUGUUGAAAACGACUGUGGGAAGAUGGUGUUCUCUCGCGUGGCCCGAGUGUGUAAAAACGACAUGGGCGGUCGUUUCCUCUUGGAGGACACCUGGACUACCUUCAUGAAGGCCCGACUAAACUGCUCACGCUCAGGAGAAAUUCCCUUUCAUUACAACGAACUACAGAGCACCUUCUACUUACCACAGCAGGACUUGAUCUAUGGCAUUUUCACGACUAAUGUCAACAGCAUGUCCGCAACUGCCGUUUGUGCCUUCAACCUGACUGCCAUCACGCAAGCUUUCAACGGACCUUUCCGCUACCAGGAGAACCCCCGCACUGCCUGGCUCUCUGCUCCAAAUCCCAUUCCCAAUUUCCAGUGUGGCACGCUGGAUGAAGGCGGCACUGGUGGCAACCUGACUGAACGCAACCUCCAGGAUGCUCAGCGGCUCUUUCUAAUGCAUGAUGCCGUGCAGCCGGUGACGGUCAAUCCUCUGCUCACUCAGAACAACGUACGCUUCUCCAAGCUGGUAGUGGACGUUGUGCGGGGUCGCGAUGCCCUUUAUCAAGUCAUGUACAUCGGCACUGAAUAUGGCACCAUCUUGAAGACUCUCGCCACAACAAAUACUAUUCUUCAUGGCUGCUACCUGGAGGAGCUCAGGAUCCUUCCUGAUGGACAAGUCGGGUCAAUCAAGAGCCUGCAGAUCCUGCAGAGUGACAGAUCAUUGUUUGUAGGGCUCGAUGACAGGCUGGUGAAAAUCCCAUUAGAACGGUGCUCCGGCCAUCCUACUGAGCGAGACUGCCUGGAAGUUCGGGACCCAUACUGUGGCUGGGAUCACAAACAGGAGCGUUGUACAACCAUUGAAGAGAGCACUGACAUGAACCAUUGGACCCAGAAUAUCACCCAGUGCCCAGUGAGGAACCUGAAGCAGGAUGGCGGGUUUGGCCCAUGGGCAACAUGGCAACCAUGUAACCACAAUGACGGUGAGGGUUCCAUCAGCAGUUGCAUCUGCCGGUCCCGUUUAUGUGACGGACCUGUGGCCCGAUGUGGUGGGGUCGACUGUAAAGGUCCAAACAUUCAGGUGGCCAACUGCUCCCGGAAUGGUGGCUGGACUCCCUGGUCUUCAUGGGGCCAUUGUAGCAUCAGUUGCGGUGUCGGUUUUGAAGUGAGGCAGCGGUCCUGCAACAACCCCUCACCUCGCUACGGAGGUCGAAUCUGUGUUGGCCAAGGUCGAGAAGAGAGGCUGUGCAAUGAAAAAAAAACAUGCCCAUUACCAGUGCUGUGGACUGCAUGGGGGCCCUGGGCUCAAUGCAAUGCUGAAUGUGGAGGAGGGGUACAUGCCAGGAUCAGAACCUGUGAGAACGGAAACAUCUGUCCUGGAUGCGCCACAGAGUAUAAGACCUGCAAUCUGGAGGCCUGCCCUGAGGUGCGUCGCAAUACGCCGUGGACUCUUUGGAUGCCAGUCAACGUCAGUCGAGACGGAUCACGCCAAGAGCAGAGAUACAGAUACACGUGUCGGGCAUUGCUAAGGGAUGUCCGCCAACUUCAGUUAGGAAAGAAGAAAAUAGAGAGCAGGUUUUGUCCGAAUGAUGGUUCUGGAACCUGCCAGACUGACUCUCUGGUUGAUGACUUGGUAAAGUCAGGUAGCCGGACUUUGUCACAGCCCAAAGGUACACACUGGGAAUCUUGGGAAACAUGGUCCACCUGUUCCCAGCAAUGUUCCAGAGGCUUUCGAACCCGGAAACGCGGUUGCUCAACAGCAGAGGGCAGGGCCAAUCCAAAUGCGUGUGUAGGAUCCCCCGUGGAUUAUCAAGAUUGCAACAUGCAACCAUGCCCAGUGGGUGGAGCCUGGUCAUGUUGGUCUUCAUGGUCCCAGUGUACUGUGAGCUGUGGGGGUGGCCAUUUUCUGCGGACAAGGUCAUGUGACAAUCCACCUCCUGCCAAUGGAGGUGGGAUCUGUAUUGGUCUUCACACUGAAGAGGCACUUUGCAAUACACACACUUGUGAAGGUUGGGGUGUGUGGUCAGACUGGGGGGACUGUGAUGAGAAGAGCCUCCAGUAUCGCUCUCGCUCCUGCGCUGAAAACCAGGGAGCUACUUUGUGCCAGGGUAACAUUAGCCAGGCCAGACCAUGCCAGACACACGAGGUGGCAGUAAUUUUGCCUGAACAGGAGGACCACAACUGUGGAACUUUCACGUUGUUCCAGCUGGUCGCCGUGGGCGUGGCCAGUUUUUUUGCAGCUUCCCUCGUGUCGGCGAUGGUCGGCGCCUACUGUCACCAUCUAGGCCGGCCAUCCGCAGAGUCAGCGGUCAUCCACCCCAGCACGCACAACCACCUCACAUACAACAAGCAUGACAACGCCACGCCAAAAAAUGAGAAGUACAUUCCCAUGGAAGUCGUGAUGCUACACAAGAACAAUCUUCACGUAAAUGACGACACUAGCCGCCACUUCCCUUCCAGCAACAUGUUCACGACCACCUACUACCCGCCCAACAUGAGCAAGUAUGACUUUCCUUCAGAAGCACCUUGCAGGCCUUACGUGCACAGCUAACAUCUCAAACCGAAUCACCAAAAUCCUCCAGGGGAUUGUGGACGCUAAAACACCCAAAUGACCUGAUAUCAUUCCAUGGGAUACUUUGCCAACAUCUCAAUCAAGAAUUGCAAUUUUGUUUGGCAACUAAGAGAUCAAACAAAGUCAAAAGAAGAAAACCGCUAAGGAUUCACUCAGCAUGUGCAUAUUACUAAUAUUACUAUUUUAUUAUUAUUUUAUUUCUGAAAAGAAGAAAAUGAAAGACAUAACUUCACGGACAGGAUGGAAUGCUGGCCCGUCUUGGACUUUUGCUACUUGCAGAGAAGAGAAAUGUGAAUGAAAACAAAAAAAACAUAUUGUAAACCACACUUGUACGUGCAGAGAAAAGACAAGAACUGAGAACUACAGAGCACACUUUUCACAAAGUCAACUGGCAGGAAACAACACAAAAGAUGACAACUGAAUGACCUGAGGAUGACGAAGCCGCAGGCUUUUCUUUCUCAUUAAUGACAGCAAAUGAAUGAUUUGCUCAGGGAAAGUGUAUGCUCUUGGUUUUUCACCCACCAGAUGACUUUCCUGGAGAAAUCCUGCUUCCUGGAAUGUUUGACUGAAGAGACGUAAAUAGUACAUCAUUUAGUUUUUUAUUACAUAGUCUCAAUGCUUUUGGAACACUUAAAUAUAUUUUAGUAUAAUGUAAUGCUCAAGAGACAUGAACCUGUUCUUUGGUAGGACAGUUUGAGGGGGGUUAACAUGUUUUCUCACAACCAGAAGCUUUUAAAUCUUUGUACAUUCCACGUCCCUGUACUUGUGACUGACAGGUAAUCAGUCCUGGGUGUACCUUGCCUCUCAUCCUAAAUCAUCUGAAAUUGGCUCAUUUCCCUGUGAGCAGAAUACACGUUGUCAUCAAUGGAUAGAUGUGACAUUAAGUUACACUGUAGAGCCAUUAUCCUAAAUUUUAGUUCUGUGUGUGUGUGUGUGGGUGUGUGGGUGUGCGCCCACUUGAUGUCAAAGUUGUUCCAACUAAGCAAGGUAGCGUAAGAUAAGCUAAGGUAUGUAGCGGUUCACCCAGAUCCUCUCUAUUAAUAUUUGGUUAAUUCCUGGUGACUGAUUAGGAGAUUGUCGGAAGCAAACACAAGACAUGUUUCUGGACAUACAGUAGUGACUUUUAUUUACGAACUGACUGAUUCAUUCAGUCUGAUAGAAUGCCCACCUCUGAUGAUAAGGCAUUUAUUUUGACAACAGAUGUUAUACAAAAGGUUUUGAUGAUUACAUGAAUGCAUUUAGAAUUGAAGAGGAUUUGUUCAGGGUUAUUGUUGUGUCUGACCUAUUAUUUGGCCUGAUUGGGAGUUUUGAAAUGAGAAUGAUAAAAAAAGAAAAAGAA